AUGCGUGUCUUCGUCACUGGUGCAACAGGCUUUGUGGGGACAGCUAUUGUCCAAGACCUCCUAAAAGCCGGCCAUCAAGUCCUCGGCCUCGCCCGCUCUGAUGCAUCCGCAAAAGCACUCACCGACGCAGGCGCAGAUGUCCUCCGCGGUUCCCUUGAUGAUCUGGACAUCCUUAAGAAAGGAGCAACAGAAUGCGAUGGCGUCAUACAUACCGCUUUCACUCACGAUUGGUCCAACUACGCUGGCAGCUGUACCGCUGACAGGAAAGCCAUCGAGGCCAUUGGUGCUGCGCUGAAAGGGAGUGGCCGUCCUUUUGUGGUCACAUCCGGCACCCUAAGCCUCGGGAUGCUAGAGCUCCCUCCGGACCAGUUCGCAAAUGAAGAGCAUGUACCGGAUAGCAGAGCAGGACCCCGUGGCCCGUCAGAAGCUGCUGCUCUUGAACUGGUCUCGAAGGGUGUGCGUGUGACGGUGGUGCGGCUCCCAAUCGUGCACGGUGACGAUGACCACGGAUUCAUUCCAAUGCUCAUCGCCGCGGCUCGUAAAAAUGACGUUUCAGCCUAUGUCGGGGAUGGAAACCAGCGAUGGCCUUCUGUGCGCAAAGCUGAUGCCGCAACACUUUACCGGUUGGCGUUGGAGAAAGGUGUUGCAGGAGCCAAAUAUCAUGCUAUCGCUGAGCAAGGCGUGGCUAUCAAGGACAUCGCUGAAGUUAUUGGGGGAAAAUUGGACUUACCAGUUGUCGGAAAAUCGCCGGAGGAGGCAGCUGAGAAUUUUGGGUUUCUCUCGUGGCCCCUUGCGAUUGAUAAUCCGACGUCGAGUAAGAUCACGCAAGAGCAGCUCGGAUGGAGCCCAUCCGGUCGUGGGCUUAUUGAGGAUAUGGAGAAGGGGACUUAUUUCAAAAACUAA